CAUGUCAACCUAUAUAUAGAAGCUUGGCAACAAGCUUAGGUUCUCGUCUCCUCUGCGGACUUUCUUCCGAAGUCACAACUUCCAUCGUCGUUCUUCUACCACGGUCCUCAGUAACUGGUGAUCUUGAUUGAUCAAUGCCGACAAAAGGAAGGGAUAGUAGCGUGAAGGAGAGACGGGGGCGGUCUCCUUUGUUUCCUCGAAAAGUUGAGAUCGGGUCGCAAACGAGAAGCCUCGUUAACCCUCCUUCAAGUCUAGAGAGAAAACAUGCCUUGACCGCGGUGGAAUAUAGAAAAAUUCCUAUUUAUGAUAAGCCUACAGUGAGUUCAACCCUUUAUGCUCUAAAUACUAUAAAACCACCUUCUGUUGGCAAUGCCAGACUUAUACCACAAUCCAAAGUUAUGUCUCUUAAAUUAAAGUUUAAUGAAAGUAAAGUUACAAAUUCAUACAUGAACACGAACACGAACGGUUUAACUAGAAAGGUGAUCGUUCACGCUAAGAAGCAAACGAGGCAACCGACAAAGUUGCUAGAUGCCCUUUCAUCGUCUAAAGACGAUCACAACACUGGAACUCACUACGAAGAUGAUAAAACCAAUCCAAUUGUGAACCGUGACAUUCUAACGUUAGAAAACUGCGAUAAGCAACGUAUGGAUCGUGAGGACGAUGAUCAUGAUGUCUUAACCUGUGAAGUGGAUGAACAUAUCAUCAGCACAAUCAGCCAACAGGAUCAACCAGACACGAGUCCUGAUGGUUGUAACGAUCAGCAUCCUCGUAUUGAUGUUGACCAAGAAAGAUCUAAUGAGGUAGAAUGUCACGAAGAGCCGGACCGAACGGAAGUAAACGAGGUACCAAAAGAAGAAGAGCAAAGACCAGAUGAGGUUGUAGAUCAUGGGAAGAAGGAAACCGCAGCAUGUGACAAUGUGAUAGAGGAUGACAAAAAGGAGCAAAGAAGGAAAGGGGUCAAAGCAUUAGUUGGUGCAUUUGAAAGUCUUAUUUCACUUGAGUGUAAUGCCUUGCAAAAUAAUUAUCAACGAAAUAAAAUGAUUGAUUUUUGAAUUU